ACGUGCUAUCUUUUGCCACCAAAAUUGAAAUCAAAAGUAGCUAGACCGUUGCCACCUUGAAAAAACAAGAAUAUGGAAGCAUCUCAAGGAGGGAAUAACAAGAGCACAAAGAAGCAAGAUAGGGCCAGUGGAGAGACUCGAUACAGAGGGAUUCGCCGGCGGCCUUGGGGGAAAUUUGCUGCUGAGAUUCGUGACCCAACAAAGAACGGUGCUCGACGGUGGUUAGGAACAUUUGAAACGGCUGAAGAAGCUGCCAGAGCUUAUGAUCGAGCUGCUUUUGCGUUUCGUGGUCAUUUAGCUAUUCUUAACUUCCCAAAUGAAUAUCAAUACCAUCAUCACUCCUCUCCGCCGCCGUCAUUUGCUUCUUCUUCUUCUACGCCGUCGUCCUCCUCCUCGUUCUCUGUUGCUCCUCCGACCAGUUAUGGGCUUGUGGGUUCUUCUGGAAGGCAGGAAGUAAUAGAGUUUGAGUAUUUGGAUAACAAAUUAUUGGAGGAUCUUCUUGAGCAUCAAUAAGGUAGACAACAGUAAGGCUUAUGACCCAGAAAUGCAAUUCUUUCAUUUUUGGCUGUUGAUGAUUGUUUGAUUUGUAAUAUUGAAUUCAAGAUAUGCAUUUCCAUUUAAUUUUAAAA